GCAUUUUUGUGUGUGUAGCAAUGUUCAGCUUCAUUUUCAAAGUCUGCAAUUCAAUUGUAUUCAAGAAUGUCCGAUCAAGCCAAGAAGGAGGGCGAUAAGCCGUCUGGAGUACGGAAUGUGCUGGCAGGAGCAUCCUCCAACACGGGCAGACUAUCCUCGUUUCGUACAGAGAGGGAUAUGACACUUGGUGGUGUUCAGCGAAAAACAUUUGCUCCGAAAAUUCCUGCUAAGAAGACGAAAGAGGAGAUCAUUGCCACCCAGCGUGCUCAACCAGUUGCUGAGCCCUCUAAUAACCCAUCUUCUGAUCGUGGCCAAAGAGGAAGAAGAGGUAGAAAUGAUCGUGGGCGAGGGAGAGGGAGAGGGGGCGAUAGAGGUCGUGGUAGAGGAAGAGGAAUUGUGGAAUCGAAUUCUAUCUUCAGUGCUGGUCCCGGUGAACGGACUAAUCGCCAGGGCAACUGGCAGCGGUCAAUGGGCGGCGGAAGUGUGAAGCGUGAGCCUGGCGUGAGUGGAGGAGCUGGUAAUUUUGGUGGCGGUCAGCGCAGUGUCAAAUUAGAAGGCGGAUUCUCCAAUGCAGACGAUGAUGGUGACUACAAUGCGCUGUUCGGCGAUGAAGAAGAGGAGGCAGCAUGCGAGGAAGACUACUUAGCUCCAGUACAACUGCCUCUCACACAGCUGAGCAUCAGUGAGCCAGAGGUGGCGCCCGCUGUUCUGUUUGGUCGCCCUGCCGAUGAUGAUCAGGAAGAUCUAAUCUUCAUGCAGUUACCCGACUCCUUCCCGGCGUCACUUGUUAAAAACAAUGGGGAGGAUACAGAACCGAUGGACACUGUGGAAAAAGAAAAAGAGAAGGAAAAAGAGGCAGAUAUUAGUCUGGACAACCUGCCAGAGGGUUACAUCGGCAAGCUUCAGGUGAGAAAGUCAGGUCGCGUACAGAUUGUACUCGGCGGAGUGGCUCUCGAUGUAACCGCAGGCUCACGGCGGCCAUGCUUGCAGCAAGCAGUAUCGAUGCGGGCCGCCCCUGAAGUAUUCGACACCACUGAAGCACCGGCAGGCUUAUUCUUUCUGGGAAAUGUCAAACACCACUUGGUCUGCACUCCAAACUUUGAGACAAUGAUAUCGAACAACUGAUGCUAUCUUCCACAACAGUGCUAUGUUUUUUAAUGAUUUUUUUAUACUGCGUACUUCAUUGUAGUCUUUGUCUUUGUCAUUGUCAAGGUAGUCUUCAUUUUAGUGAUGAUGUAAGGUCUAGAAGACGUCAUAUCAUUGAACUGCUGGUAGGGAAUUUAUAUCAAGCCGACGAAACUCGGCCAGCUUUA